UUAUUGGGACAGUGUUAUGAAAUGCCGGUUGGUUAUGUUUAGAUACCCGUGGGUAUUGCAGGCCCGAUGUUGUUGGAUGGAAAGGAGUUCUCGGUGCCCAUGGCCACCACUGAAGGUUGUCUUGUUGCUAGCACUAAUCGGGGUUGUAAGGCGAUUUAUGUAUCUGGUGGUGCUACCAGUGUAUUACUCAAGGAUGGGAUGACUCGAGCUCCCGUGGUUAGGUUUGGAACCGUAAAGAGAGCUGCUGAGUUGAAGUUGUUCUUGGAGGAACCACUCAACUUUGAUACUCUUGCUUCCGUUUUUAACAAAUCAAGCCGGUUCGGGAGGCUUCAAAGAAUCCAAAGUGUGAUUGCUGGGAAAAAUCUUUACAUAAGGUUCACUUGCAGCACAGGUGAUGCAAUGGGGAUGAACAUGGUUUCCAAUGGUGUUCAGAAUGUUUUGGACUAUCUGCAGCUUGACUUCCCGGAUAUGGAUGUUCUUGGCAUCUCCGACAACUAUCGUUCUGACAAGAAACCGACAACCGUCAACUGGAUAGAAGGAAGAGCACAACACCUAAUUUUGUUAACUGAUUUCUAG